AUGGGGGACCCUCGCGUUAAAGAUGUUGAUGGUUUUACCAAAAUAAGCCACAGCUCUGUACCAUCAACAUUGAACCCUGCAAAUGUCACGCUACCAAAAGGAUUGACCGUGGCAAUUAUUGGAGCAAGUACUGGGAUUGGUGAGCAUAUUGCCUAUGCAUAUGCAUAUGCUGGUGCUUCUCGCAUCAUCAUAUCUUCUCGAACAUUGAGCGAUUUGUUAGUUGUGGAGAAGCAACUGAAGCAGAUCAACACACAACUUGAUGUCGAUGUCGUCGAGUGCGAUGUCUCCAAAGCCUCUUCGGUUGAGGCCUUCGCUCAACACGUGCGUGCUUCAUGUGGAAGGUUGGAUGUCUUGGUACUGAAUGCAGGCUACGCCGGGCCGGUAACGGUGAAGAUGGACGAAGGGCAACCUGAGUGGGUUCAGAAGGCUUUCGAUAUCAACGCCAUGGGAACGUACCAUGCAGCACAUUACUUUGUUCCGCUACUUCUUGAAACUGUGGAAGGUCUAAGAUCAUUCAUUGUGGUUGGAUCCAUUGCGGGGUGCAUACGACGAGGCAUCAUUGCUAAUACCGGCUAUACUGUCAGCAAAAUGGCUCAGAUCCGACUAGUCGAGUAUUUGGCGGAACAGUACUCUGAUAAGGGAUUAUUCAGUGUUGCCAUACACCCAGGUGCCGUCAAGACAAGAAUGGCGGAAGGUAAUACACCUGAGGCAUUUAUCCCAUACUUAACAGAUGAUGUCGACCUUUGUGGUGCCGUUUGUGUCUGGCUCACCGCGAAUUUUAAGAACACCCAGUGGCUUUCUGGAAGACUGAUAUCUGCGACCUGGGACUUAGAUGAGUUGUUGUCCAAAAAGGAUCAAGUCAUCGAAAAGGAUCUGUUGAAGUUUGCCCUCCUGACCGAAUGA